GGGAAUAAAAAAAAAGAUACUACUGCUAACUUGGAUAAUACUCCUACUUUUGAUCACUCAAAACUGCCCAAGUUUUCUUCUUUCAUGUGUUGCUACACGCCACAACUUGAGUUUUUUUCUCUUGCAAUCCUUUACCUGUCCAUUUUUUCCUUUGUAAAAUCCCAUAGUCUCAUUCAGAAAAGCUCAAUCUGAUGGAAAUUUAAAAGGGUUAUCUUGAAAUACUUCAAUUUCUUCUAAUCUUGAAAAACUGUAUUGCUUAAAGGUGACAUUUUUAUCUUCUCAUAAGCAAGAAAGUUCAAAAUGUUGCCUAAAGAACCAUCAUUUUGUAUAUAUAAUACAGAGGAUGGGGUUGAAGAACUAAAGGAAAAUCAAGAUUUGGUGAGGUCUGUGACAAUAGGGGAUAUUAUAUCAGAUAUAGGUAGUAGUGAUUUCAGUUUUGGGAAAAAGGGAAAUAUGGGGUUGAUUGAGGAAGAUGAGAAUGAAGAAGGUGAAAAAGAAGAUGAGAAAAAAAGGGUUUUUUAUGAGGUUAAUGAGCUGGGAUUUGAAGAGAGUUCCCUUGCUAAUGGAUUUGGGGUUGAUGGAAAUGGUGUAAAUAGUGGUGGGGUUGACUUUGUACCUUUAGAUUUUGAUGGAAAUGGAGAUGUUGAGGAAUAUUAUAAGAGGGUUCUUAAAGAAGAUCCCUCUAACCCUUUGUUUUUGAGGAAUUAUGCUCAACUUUUGCAAUCUAAGGGAGAUCUUUCUGGAACUGAACACUAUUACUUUCAAGCUACUCUAGCUGAUCCAAAAGAUGGAGAUACCUUGUCACAGUAUGCUAAAUUAGUAUGGGAGCUGCACCAAGAUAAAGAUAGAGUAUCAGAUUACUUUGAACGUGCAGUUCGUGCUGCUCCUGAAAACAGCGAUAUUCUUGCAGCAUAUGCUAGUUUCCUCUGGGAUAUCAAUGACGACGAAAGUGAGGAUGAAAUGAACACAAAGAAUGAUAAGACUAAGAUUGAGGAAAGUGAGGAAGCUACUGUAUCCAAGAACUUAGAUUACAAAGAAGAUAACAGACCUGUUAGUUCUCCCUUACAUCUUGCAGCAGGAUUGGGAAUUGGGGAUAAUCUAGUUGGUGACGGCUCUCUUGUUGAUUAUACUGCAGCUGUAUCUGAUAUGGACGGAAAUGCUGAGGAGUACAUGAGAAUGAUAAAAAAAAAUCCUCAUAACCCCGUGCUUUUAAGAAACUAUGCUCAGUUUCUUAGUCAGUCUAAGGGAGACCUACUAGGUGCUGAAGAAUAUUACUCACGUGCAAUACUAGCAGAUCCUACCGAUGGAGAAACUAUUUCACAGUAUGCCAUGUUGAUAUGGCAAAUUCAUCGUGACAAAUAUAAAGCCUCAUCCUACUUUAAGAGGGCAGUUCAAGCUUCUCCAGAAAAUAGCGACAUACUUGCUGCAUAUGCUAGAUUUCUCUGGCAAAUGGGGGAAGAAGACGGAGAAGAAGAUGAAACAUUAGACGAUCACAAUGGGGCACCACUUCUGCUAGGAGUUGUGGCUGCAAAUGCCUAAAUCCUGAUGUCGAAUGAAUUCACAAUCCAGCUUCUGAUUCAUAAUUUUAGUUUCUCAAGCUUUACGCGUUAUCUAAAGACUUAGAGCUUCUUCUUGUUGUGGAGGAUCAAGCAUUCAAAAUUGGAUAAAAAUUUAAAUGGUAAAUGUGGUUUCGUGAGCAAUAAAAAUGCGAAUACUAAUGUUAAAUUGACCUUGUACAAUGUUCUUUUUGGGAAUAAUAGUAGUAGAUGAAUGAGCUGAAUAAAAAUUUAAAUGGAGACUUUCAUUGUAUUGAUA